UUUUUAGCCACUGAGCGUGCCCCGCACAAGCAUGGUUUUUCCGUACCGGAAGUAGCCUGUUAUUUUGAGAGAGUCAGUUCUUCCGCGGGGCGGAAAAGGCAAUUAAGCAUGUGUUCCUAUCAUUUCCAGUCCCCUUUCCUUGCAGGAUCCUAUGAGUAAGCUGUGGCGGCGCGGGAGCACCUCUGGGGCUAUGGAAGCCCCUGAACCAGGGGAAGCGCUGGAAUUGAGUCUGGCGGGUGCCCACGGCCAUGGAGUGCACAAGAAAAAGCACAAGAAGCACAAGAAAAAACACAAGAAGAAACACCAUCAGGAAGAGGAGGCUGGGCCGACGCAGCCGUCACCUGCCAAGCCCCAGCUUAAACUCAAAAUCAAGCUGGGUGGGCAGGUCCUGGGCACCAAGAGUGUUCCUACCUUUACUGUGAUACCUGAAGGUCCACGAUCACCCUCUCCCCUUAUGGUUGUUGACAAUGAAGAGGAACCUAUGGAAGGAGUCCCCCUUGAGCAGUACCGUGCCUGGCUGGAUGAAGACAGUAAUCUAUCACCCUCCCCACUUCGGGACCUGUCAGGGGGCUUAGGGGGUCAAGAGGAAGAGGAGGAACAGAGGUGGCUGGAUGCCCUGGAGAAGGGAGAGCUGGAUGACAAUGGAGAUCUCAAGAAGGAGAUCAAUGAACGGCUGCUCACUGCUCGACAGCGAGCUCUGCUCCAGAAGGCGCGGAGUCAGCCUUCCCCGAUGCUGCCACUACCUGUGGCUGGGGGCUGCCCUGCUCCGGCCCUCACCGAGGAGAUGCUGCUGAAGCGCGAGGAGAGGGCGAGGAAGAGACGGCUGCAGGCUGCUCGGCGGGCGGAGGAGCACAAGAAUCAGACUAUCGAGCGUCUCACUAAGACUGCGGCGCCCAGCGGGCGGGGAGGCCGAGGGGCAGCUCGGGGCGAGCGGCGGGGCGGGCGGGCAGUGGCCCCGGCGCCCAUGGUGCGCUACAGCAGCGGGGCACAGGGUUCCACCCUCUCCUUCCCCGCCGGCGUUCCCGUCCCCGCGCCACUGUCUCAACGGCCAUCCCCAUCUGGCCCUCCUCCUCGAUGCUCUGUCCCGGGCUGCCCCCACCCGCGCCGCUACGCCUGCUCCCGCACCGGCCAGGCACUCUGCAGCCUUCAGUGCUACCGCAUCAACCUGCAGAUGCGGCUUGGAGGGCCCGAGGGUCCCGGAUCCCCGCUUUUGGCUACUUAAGAUCCAUACUUAACCCGGACUCUGCGCCCUCUCCCCUGCCCCCGUUUUCAUUAUUUUCUCCACCCUAUUAAAUUUCAUCCGGUGCCUCAA